AACCCGUGUGCCCUGCAUCGGCAGGCGGACUCUCAACCACUGCGCCACCAGGGAAGCCCCAGCAAAGGGGAAUUUUUGACUGGAGUAGAGAAUUUGGAAAUUAGACAAACAGAAACCAUUAAUUCCCUUCAUGUCCUUUGUGCCUCUGUGCUAUAUUCAGAUAGCUCUUUGCAACGUGAAGUCAUGUCAAACACGUAUCAGUGCCAGUUUGCCCUUCCUUGCUACUGCCAGAUGCAGAAAAGCACAAAAGCAUUUUAAUGCUGGGGGCCAUUAAGGACAUUGUGAAGGAGCAGUCAACGCAGUCUUCAGGAAGGCCUACAGGGGAUACAGAAAAUUUCUGACUCUCAUGAAGAUGCCUGUCAUCUCUUUUGUGCGUCUAGGAUACUGUAGCUUCUCCAAGUCCAGAAUCCUCAACACACUGCUCAGCCCUGCCCACCUGAAAUCACACAGACUCUUUCUCCAUCAGGAUUUGCCUGUUCUGGUGCUUCCCCAGCAGAUCUCUGAUGGCCUGGUUGAGGUAACAUGGAGUUUUCCUGAUAGUGAUGGUCUAAAGGAAAACCCCAGUUUUUUCCAGAAAGCUGUUGCUGUGGCCAACCUUUGUGGGGAUCUAGAAAGUUUUUGGACACAGUUUGGUUUCUUGAUGGAAGUUUCCUCUGCUGUGUUUUUUUUCAUUGACUGCCUAGGUGAGAAGGAAUGGGACUUGCUAAUGUUUUUAGGAGAAGCUGCCACUGAAAGAUGCUACUUUGUCCUCAGUCCACGGGCCAGGGGGAAUGAGGAGGCUCAGAUUUCCCAGAGGAUCCUGAAGUUGAAGCCAUCACAGCUGCUGUUUUGGGAGGAGGAGGAAGCUGGAGAGACAGGGAGGAACAUGGAGGGUCUUCAAGCUGCCCUGAAAGAAGUGAUGUCCUCUUCACUCAGAUGUAUGUCUGUGGAGGACAUUGCACCCCUGGCCAGGGAGUUGGGGAUACAGAGAGACCACGACUUUGAGAACAUGCAGGGGAUUCAAGUUUCCCCUACUGAAAACUUGGCUGGAACAGCUGAAGAUGAGGGACCACAAAGACACAGUCAGCCAAAAAACUCAUCUGAAAGCCCCGCUUAGAUGUCAGUAAGAGAGGCUGAGGCUAGAUGUGAGAUCAGCCCAAAUCUUCAGAAUUUCCAUCUCACCCCAGUAUUCAUGCCUCUUCUGAAAAACUACUGUCCUUUACCAACCAGAAAUGGAGGUAAUUUUAACCGUGUUUCUUUGAUAGCCCCCUGGGUUAUGGUCUCCCAGUUUUGGUUAGAGCAGAGGUCUCAGAGUUUCCAUCCUUCACGCUUUCAGAAUACAAGGGCCCAUAGUCCGGGUAAAGUUUUGGGAUUCAAUAAUUCCAACCUCAGAGAUUUUAUUCAGGUGAAAGUUUAUGAAAUUUUCAAGAACUGCUCAGGGACGUCACAUGGAUAAAACUUUUGGGAGACCACCAAGACCCAUUUCUCAGCAUGUACAGGCCUGGUCUGAGAGACCACAGAAAAUGGGAGCCCUUGAAAGAUCUGGGGAAGUGGACUCCCAGGGAGGUCACCUCCGUUCCCUGGGUUCACAGCCAGCAAGAGCGGUUGGGAAGUCACAGCCUAGGCAAGUCUGUGCCUAGGGAACACGGCCAAACGAGGCAAUUAGAAAAUUCAUGAGAACAAAAUCCCAUAUAGAAAAUCCUCACCAUCGAGCAUUUCAAGCAGCAGGAGCCAUACAAAAACCCAUAAGGACUGCCUCUCAGCAAGGAGCUAAGCUGAAGACACGAGGUGGGCCUUCAAAUCCAUCUUUCCAAAUGGGAUUCAAUCCUAUGUCCAACAGCAAAUUUUUGCUCUCAGUUCAAAUCCAAUCAGCCCAAGUCGUGCCAGGCCAAGCAGUCCCAGCACAACCCUCUCAACCUGUGUUCUCUCAACCCAAACUCAUUCAGACAAAUCCACUCAGCACCAGCCCUCCAAGUCCCAGUCCUCCCAAUCUAAGCCUUCUCAGCCCUAGACCUCCCAAGCUAAACCUUCUCCAUCCAGACCCACUCAGCCUAAGCCAUGCCAGCCCCAAUCCUCCCAAUCUAGGCCUUCCCAGCCCAGACCCACUCGACCCAAGUCACUUCUGACUGGUCCUUCUCAGGCUAAGGCAUAUGACCCAAGAGCAGGGCCCAAGAGGGUAGGGAAGCAUUAAAGUCCUUACUCUGGAGACCUAUGAAAUGUAUCCUUUGCCCAGGCCUUUCCUAUCAUAUAUAUAGUAACCUGAAGAAGAGUGGCAGUGAUGGUAAAAGAGUACUAUCAUUAGCAUGACACAGAUAGCAAGAUAUGCACAGCCUAAUUGGAUAUCAUAAAAAUAUCUGUAAGAAUUGUGUCCCUAAGAAAAAGGAAAAAUACGAAAAGAGUAAAGAAUAGAAUCAAGCAGUAAAUAAACGAAUUGAAUACAACCUUGAGUAUUAGGUAAUAUAUAACCUGAAUCCAGGGAAUGGGGGCUGUAAGACAGUUUCACUUGGAAAAGAGUGGGGAUGAUGCCUUUAGUUGCAAAGUGACCAUAAAAUAGAGCGCAAGUUGCGUCAGUGUUGCAAGAAAAACUGCCCUAGAUGUUGGCUGCUCUAGAGGUGUUUUGGUCAAAAAUUUUGGUUUGAUAUCAGCUGCUAAGCAGGUAACCUUGUUUGUUUGGAAUGUUUAAAUCAACUUGCUUGUGAUAAUAGCCCCAAAUUGCUCGGAUGAUAAAACUCAAUUGACCCUUACAUAUAGAAAUAAUGAACUAACAACCAAUGAAAUUAAUUAUUUUGCCUUAACUUUGGGAAUGAUCUGUGUAUGUUUCAUAUUUUAAAUGUUUGUAGUGGUUAAGAUAAUUUGGCUAAUUAGAGGAUCUGAUAUAUUAGCCUCAUGACUCUAACUUAAAAUGUAUAAUCGAAUUUUUAAUUUUAGAGUUCUGAUUUUUUUAAGUUGAAAAGAUAAAGAUAGGUUUACACAGUUUGUAAAAAGCAUUGAAAUGUUUAAGAGAACUUAAGAUUCACAUAAUUCUCAACUUUAAUUUAUUAGAUACAUUAUUCUAAACAUUUGGUUAAGUUCUGCUAGUUAGAAGCAGUAAGUAGAAGGAAUAUUAAAUUUAAAAUAUUUAAGUGAGGUUUAAUUAACCAAGUUUGUGAGUGACACCAAAUAUUAAUAAAAGACCACUUUAUUUAUUUAUUUUUAGCAAAUAAGUUUAACUUUAAUUUGAUUUUUGUGUGAUUAAUCUAAGUAUUAUAAUUAUAACAGAAACCAAAUAGCUUUCAAAUUUCUACAAUUAAAAAAUAAAUUUUGUGGGGUUUUGGCAGAUUGCUUUAGCUUCUCAGUAGAAUGAAACAUUUAUCUAAUAUCUCUGUUACAAGGGUCUCCAAAGACUUCAUGGAUAUUAUCUUAAUUUUAUUCUUGCAACAUCUAAAAGUCUACUUUAAAGAAAGAUGUUAAAAUUCACUAGAUUUAGAAAUAAAAUAAUAGGAUUUGUAAGUUGAAUAAAGAGCCCUGCUUUUUGAAUCUGUAACUUUUAUAAAAUUAACAUUAGUUUUAAGUACUAAAAUAGGCCCACGUCUUUUCUGGGUAAAAAAAAAUCCAAAAUUGUCUUCAAAGACACACAAAAAAAUCCUAUUAACAAAAAGAUGAGAAAUGAUCUUUGAAAAGGAAUAAUUAAUCUCUUAAAAAUGUUUAAUUAAACAUUUCCAUAUGACAAUAGGUAUCCUUCAUUUGUGCAUGUAUUAAACAAUCAAUAUUGAGUAUUUAGAAGGUGUUCAAUCUCUCUCAAGGUUACUGUAAGGGUGAAGAAAGAAAUAGAGGACUAUGCAUAUGAAUUUUUGUCUUCUGGCAGGCAAAAAAGCAUAAUAAUAAAAUAUUAGGUUCAAAACUACAAAAUCUUUGGUGUAAAAGUGAAGUUUCUCACGAAAAUAACCUUUUUGUUGUUUAAACUUUUGAAAUGAGCAAUAAUAGUGCUUGUUUUUUUUUUUUUUUUUUGGUGGUACCCGGGCCUCUCACUGUCAUGGCCUCUC